AGCAGUGAACCAGUGAAACUCAAACGCAGAGCUACACACACACAUACACACACACCCACACACACAAACUCACACACCGAAGAUACACAUCAUGACCAUUCGGCUAUGAGACAUCAGAAGUCAUGGCGGGUGGGCACCGGAUAAUCGCUAUCUCUUCGCUGCUCCCAGUCGGUUUGUUAUUGUUGCUGUUGUCGGAUCGGAGCAGCGGGAAACCGCUGGAGAAAUGUCUCGGCGACAAGUCUUGUCAGCCCCCAAGACCUCCCGUUGUCCUCAUUCCUGGGGAUCUGGGGAACCAGUUGGAGGCGAAGCUGGAUAAACCCAGUGUUGUCCAUUACAUCUGCUAUAAGAAGACUGACUCCUUCUUCACUCUGUGGCUCAACCUGGAGCUGCUGGUCCCUGUAGCCAUCGACUGUUGGAUAGACAACAUAAGAUUGAUCUACAACAGGACGACACACACCACCUCGUCCCCUCCGGGGGUGGAUAUUCGUAUCCCGGGGUUCGGACAGACGUAUUCACUGGAGUAUCUGGACCCCAGCAAACGCAGUGUGGGCAUGUAUUUCUUUACCAUAGUGCAAUCACUGGUAGACUGGGGCUACACCAGAGAUGACGAUGUCAGAGGUGCUCCUUACGAUUGGAGGAAAGCCCCGAAUGAGAAUAAAGUGUACUUCCUGGCGCUCCAGCAGAUGAUUGAAGAGAUGGCAGAGAAAGCUGGCGGGCCUGUGGUGCUCAUCGCUCACAGUAUGGGCAACAUGUACACCUUGUACUUCCUCAACCAGCAGCCUCAAGCCUGGAAAGACAAAUACAUCAAAGCUUUCAUCUGUCUGGGACCACCGUGGGCCGGGGUGGCCAAGACCCUCCGCGUGAUCAUCUCUGGUGACAAUAACCGCAUCCCAGUCAUUAGCCCGUUGAAGAUUCGCUCCCAGCAACGCUCUGCUGUCUCCACCUCCUGGCUGCUCCCCUAUGCCCACUCUUGGCCCAAAGAUGAGGUCCUGGUGCAGACACCCACCGCCAACUACACUCUGCAGGACUACAAGCGGCUCUACUCGGACAUUGGUUUUGAGGAUGGCUGGCAGAUGCGGCAGGACACGGAGCCACUGGUAACCGACCUCACACCCCCCGGCGUCGCCGUCCACUGCUUAUAUGGCAGCGGCGUCGAAACAUCUGAGGCCUUCCAGUACUCUGACAAAUUCCCCGACGUGGAGCCCACGGUGGUGUUUGGCGACGGGGACGGGACAGUGAACCUGCGGAGCGCCAUCCAGUGUAAGCGGUGGGUAGGAAAGCAGAAACAGCCUGUGAUGUUAAAAGAGCUUCCAGGGAACGAACACGUGAACAUGUUGCUGAACAUGACGACUGUGGCUUACAUCAAGACCGUGCUGUUCUCACCCUGAUGCCGGCAGGGAGACCGCUUUACUCACAAUCGCUGUAAUAUUUAAACUCUACACAGUCACACUCACAGCCAUAGAAGGACAGACAGGAACUAACUCAUGUUGUCUGUCUCUCUGAACAUCGACUGCCAAAGUAUUCCCUUGUACAUGCCACACUGCUCCAGAAAAAAUGUUGUAGUUUUGUAGGGUAAUAUUGCAGAAUCGAAGUUUUAAAUUAAUUUUAUAGCUGUAAUUAUACAAUUUAUGUUAAUGUCAGGUUGUUUACUGUUGAAAAGCCUAAAUAUGAUGACUUUUAUAUUGGUCUCAGAUUUGAAAGAGCUCAAGAUUUUACCUACUAAAUCCAUGUUAUGAUAAAAAAAGACAUGUGAAAAACCAGGGAUAAACUGUAUGUGCCACUCUCUGAGAUGUGGAAGUCAGAGCUUUUAUCAGUGUUGUGAAAGAGAUUUCUGAACUCCUUUUGACUUUGAUGUUAGGAUUAAUGGUCAAGCACAUAUUUUAUUUGCAUCUUUCCUAGUGCAACACAUCAUGUGUCAGUCUUUGUUUUUAUAUAUAUAUAUAUAUACACACACACACACAAACACACGUAUUUGAUAUAUAUAUUAUAUAUUUGAUUAGUUAACAAAUCUUAGACUUUUACCAAAAACAACUUGAUUAAUUUUUUUGUCAUUUGAAUCAUUUGUUGAUUUUUUUUUUUCUUUUAAAUAUGUUUUGCAUGCAGCCAAGCUGUAAGUCCUUGAUGGUCCAACUUUGUUGUUUUUAUUGUGUUGUCCAUGUUACAUGAGUCGUGUGGUGAAGGACUGGAACCAUAUGUGGAAGUUGAUUUUAGUCACUCAAGGUCAAACAACAAGAUUUUUCAAGUUAUAGACAAAAAAACAUCUUCACUUGAAGUCCACUUGCUGUCAUUUUCUUGAGCUUUCAACUGCAUCUCACAGCCUUAAUCAAUGAAAGGAGUGGGCUCCAUUCAUUGAACUUGUUCUGUGUAAUGAUGAAGACCAUAAAAAAAUGCAGUUGAAAGCUCCAGGAAAAGCUAACAAGUGGACUUUGAAAGACUUGAAAAAUCUGCUUUGACUCAACAGUAAAACAAAAUGACAUUUUAAAAGUUAGACAAAAAAAAUCUGAACUAUGGGUCCACUUACUUUUUCAAAAAACUUUCAACUGCUUCUCAUGGUCUUCAUCAAUAAAUAAAGUUUUGAUCAGUUGUUGUGGAGGUUAGCCCAGUUGUCCUCACAUGACCUAUGGAUGGAACUUGAGUCUGAACUUCAGACCGUAGUUUCGUAGUUAGGUCGCAUGAUGACAACUGUAUCUGCUGAUGAAGAUCAUGAGAUGUGGGUGAAAGCACCAGAAAAGUGGACCUUGAGUUUGUUUUGUUUUGUUUUUUGUCAAACUUUCUAGG